UUGAGAGAAUUCAAAAGUAAAAGCUUUACAAGUCUCAAAAUAACAACUUGAACAAUGGCAGCGAAGACUCAGUCCUGCCUCAUCGUUGCUGCAUUCGACGUUGGUACCACGUACAGCGGUUAUGCGUUUUCCUACCGAGAUGACCCGCUCAAAGUUCAGACCAACCAGGUUUGGUUUUCUGAAGGAGCAGGAAAUUUUUUAUCUCUCAAGACGCCAACAAGCGUGCUUCUUAAUCCAGAUGGCAAGUUUGACUCCUUUGGUUUUGAAGCUGAAGACCGCUAUACGAAUAAAGCGGAAGAUGACAAACACCAUGGAUGGCGCCUGUUCCGGCGUUUUAAAAUGGCUUUACACAACGAUCAGCAGCUUUCUAGACACACAACUGUGGAUGAUAUAGAAGGCAACCCUCAUAAAGCUCUACCAAUCUUCUCCAUGGCGAUCAAGUUUCUACAAACACAUCUCCUACAGGUGAUGAGUGUAGAAGAGAAGGACAUUUCCUACGUCAUCACGGUGCCCGCUAUCUGGGAUGACGAUGCCAAGGAGUUCAUGAAAACGGCUGCCACAGAGGCUGGUCUCGAUGAAACCCGAGUUACACUGGCUCCCGAACCGGAAGCAGCCUCGAUCUGGUGUGAGACACUCGAUGUUGACACAAAGGCUGCGCUAGCCGAAACCGGAAAUCAGUAUAUGGUUAUUGAUCUUGAAGAUGGCACCGCCGAUAUUUCUUUCCGGGAGAGGAAAGGGAUCGGCACUCUGAAGGAAAUACAUCAGCCGACCAGUGGACCAUGGGGUGGCAUCUAUGUUGACGCUAACUAUCUCAAGUUCUUGGAAAACAUUUUUGGAGAGCAGACUAUAACUUCACUAAAGAACGACGAAAUGGACUACUUUGAUUUUAUUAGAGAUUUUAAAACAAAGAAACGUACCUUUAGCAAACAUGCAAAAGGCAAAAUUAUUUUCAGAAUAUCUGCAAACACUAGGGAUCUUUCCAAGAAGUUCACAGGACAGAAUCUAGAGCAGAGGAUAUGUAGCCUUGGAUAUGGAGAUUCAGUUAUCGUGAGAGGUGGAGACAAGUUGGGAGUUGAGCAUGACAUCGUUCGUACCUGGUUUGACGGUCCUAUAGACAGUCUUAUUGGUCACAUAAAGAGUUUUCUCAAGAAACGCAAGUUGAGAGCUGUGCAGACAAUCGUGCUUGUUGGUGGUUUCGGUGGUAGCCCAUACGUUCAGGACAGACUGAGGGCUGCGUUCCCAGACAAGCGUCUGAUUCUCCCUGUAGAGGCGGAGCUCGCCGUGCUGAAAGGGGCUGUCAUAUUUGGCUACAAUCCAUUGGUUGUGGUAGAAAAAGAAAAAACUUAUUCCACUGUCCUCGUUGCUGCGUUCGACUUUGGGACAACGUACAGCGGUUAUGCGUUUUCCUUCAUAAAUGACCCGCUCAAAGUGCAGACCAACCAGACUUGGUAUUCCGGAGGAGCAGGAAAACUUAUCUCUCUCAAGACGCCUACAAGCGUGCUUCUAAAUCCAGAGGGCGAGUUUGACUCUUUUGGAUUUCAAGCUGAAGACAGCUAUGCGAGUAAAGCGGAAGAUGACGAACACGAAGGAUGGCGGUUGUUCCGGCGUUUUAAAAUGGUUUUACACAACAAUAAGGAGCUUUCCAGAGCAACAACUGUGGAAGACAUUGAAGGAAACUCUCAUCAAGCUCUGCCAAUUUUCUCCAUGGCGAUCAAGUUUCUACAAACACAUCUCCUACAGGCGGUAGAAAACCAGACGGACGGAGUACUCGAGAGGGAAAUUUCUUACGUCAUCACGGUGCCCGCCAUCUGGGAUGACAAUGCGAAGGAGUUCAUGAGGAUGGCUGUCGAAGAGGCUGGUCUCGAUGGAACCCGAGUAACACUUGCUCUCGAACCGGAAGCUGCCUCGAUCUGGUGCGAUACACUCGAUGUUGAUACAAUUGCUGCGCUGGCCGGAACCGGAACUCAGUAUAUGGUCAUUGAUCUAGGAGGUGGCACCGCAGAUAUUUCUAUCCAAGAGAAGAAACAAGGCGGCACUCUGAAGGAAAUACAUCAACCGAGUGGUGGACCAUGGGGCGGCAUCUAUGUUGACGCCAACUAUCUGAAAUUCUUGGAUCAUAUUUUUGGAGAGAAGGCUAUAACUGCACUUAAGACGGAGGAUAUGACCGACUACUUUGACGUUAUCAGGGAAUUCGAAACAAAGAAACGUACUUUUACCACACAGACAAAGGGCAAAUUUAUGUUCAAAAUAUCUGCAACUACUAGGAAGCUUUCCGAGAAGUUUACCGGACAAAAUCUGGAGCAGAGGCUACGCAGACUUGGAUAUGGCGACUCAGUUAUCGUGAAAUGUGGAGACAAAUUGCGUGUUGAACCUGACAUCGUUCGUACUUGGUUUGACGGUCCUUUAAACAACCUUGUUGACCACGUGAAUAACCUUCUAAGGGAGGCAAAGCUGAGAGCUGUGCAGACAAUUGUGCUGGUUGGUGGUUUCGGAGAGAGUACGUAUGUUCAGGAAAGGCUGAGGGCUGCGAUCCCAGACAAGCGUCUGAUUGUUCCUGCUGAGGCGGGUCUCGUCGUGCUGAAAGGGGCCGUCAGAUUUGGACACAACCCAGCAAUCAUCACAUCAAGGGUCAUGAAAUACACGUACGGAGUUGCGGUGUGGUCGCCAUAUGAUGAAAAGAUUCAUAGUGCGGACAAAAAAAUCUUAGAUGAAGACGGAAAAUGGCGCGUCCGUCAAUGCUUUUCUGUGUUCGUUCGCGUGAACGAUAAUGUCCCCAUUGAUCACCAAAUAACCAAGGAAUACACACCUUCUGGAUAUAGAACAGCUACACCCAUAUACCGGACGACAGCCGAGAAACCCGUGUACGUGACCGACCCCGGCUGUGAGCUGCUCGGGGAGCUGGUGACAGAGCUGCCCCGGGAUAUCCCUCUCUCUGAACUUCGUGACGAUACAACAUUCAUGUUUGGCGGAACGGAACUUGUUGUGAAAGUCCGUGUGAAGAAAACGGGACAGGAGGAGAUAAUAAAACUUAACUGCUUGAAAUAAGCUACGACCGACCCGAUUACCCUGUUAUGUGAAACUGAAAAACACAAAAGCGUAUAU